AGCUCAGGUUGGGACACUGUCCCAAACCUCUGACGUGGACCUGUAACUCAAGUCUAGCUGGAAUUCUAGUCGGAAGUUACCUAUAGACGUCACUGCACUUGAGAGUAAAGUACACAGGUUUGGAGAAGUGCCUACAACGUGUUCUGCUUUACAAUAACAUAUAAGCUGGACUGAAAACUAUGGCUUGUAGCGUGAAGAAUUUCUCCGUGACAUUCGACCCUGUAAAUGAAAGUAACACGUUUACUAAUGGAGACUACAUCUGCGGAAAAGUGACUUUGGAAGUGAAGAAGGAAACUCAGGUCGAGCGCCUGUUCAUUAAAGCUAAAGGGAAAGCGUCCGUCAUGUGGACGGAAAACUGCGGCAAUAACAACGUAGUCGUUUACCACGAUAAAGAAACGUGCUUCAAGUCAUUUCAGUACUUUAUUCAAGGAGAGAAAAGUAAAGGUGACGAUGGAUACUCACUGUUAACAAAUGAGAAUGGACAGUGUUACUCGAGAAUUGUUGAACCUGGAAUUCAUGUUUACCCAUUCACCUUUCAGCUUCCUUAUCAAGACAUGCCUCCAUCCUUCAAAGGCUACCAUGGAGCUGUGAAAUACUUUUUAGAGGCCAAAUUGUGCAGAUCAAUGUUAAUGACAAAAAAAGCCAAAGUAUAUUUCAACUAUGUUCCCCAGGGAGAUCUGACGAUCCCAAACUUGAUGACACCUCAAAAUGGGUAUAAAGAGAAGAAGAUGAAAAUCUUCACAUCAGGAAACGUGACCAUGGAUGUUCAUUUAGAGAAGAUGGGUUUCUUAAUAGAUGAGCAAAUGAAGGUGAAGAUAGACGUGGGAAACAAUUCCUCUCGUACGGUCACACCUAAGUUCCUCUUGUACCAGAAGCAGAGCUUCUUUGCCGGAAAGAAAAGAUCAUUGCGCACUAAAGAGAUCCUGAAAGAGUUAGGCGAUCCCAUUGAGCCAUCGACCGAGCAGUGUGUGACCAAGAUGCUGAACAUUCCAGCAGAUACCAGUAUUUCUAUCCUCAACUGCAAGGUACUCAAAGUGGAGUACAGGCUUAAGGUCUAUCUGGAUAUAAAAUUUACUUCUGAUCCAGAAAUUAAACUGCCUGUGGUGAUUCUCCCUGUUUCUGUAAAACACAGAGAUGUUCCAAAACCAGAUAUGGGCGUUGGAUUUGAGCCGACUUAAACUGGCGGUACUGUAGCUCAGUGGUUAUGGCACUGGGAUACUGAUCGGGAGGUUGGGGGCUCAAGCACGGGUAUCGCAAUCGGCCACUCUUGGGACUUUCAGAAUAGUCUGACUGUUCUGCCUGUUGCACUACUGCUACAAAUAAAACUUCACUAAAUAUUUAUUUAAAUAUUUAUUUUCUUUUGAUUUUACUUUAAUCUUUUAUUUUACUUUGAGCAAUUGCAACCCAAGGGAUCAAUACACUAUUCAGAUUCUUAUUGAUUAAGUGAGAAAGAUUCUUCUCUGUAUCUUCCUGGGUUUGUUAAGCAGGGUCUUAUAGCCAAAUUUCCAAUAGCCAAAAAGUUACUUUAGGAUACUAAAGUUAUAAAGGCUGAAGUUAUAAAAAAAAAUGUUCAUAUCAGCCGUUAUUGUUGUGAAAUUAUCAUUUACAGAAUAAAAAAACAGUAAUGUAGGACUACCAAAAUUGUAUAUUAAAAAAAAAAUACUGUGAAUUGACAUUUUAUUAUUUAUUCUUUAUGAUUUUAAUGGUUAUUGUAAAAUUAUUAUAUUGUUAAACUAUUUUAACAA